GGGCCCAGCACAUAACUGGGUGGUUGCAGUCCAGGGCGCAGACAGCCAGCUGCUCCGAGUCGCACCGCCGCCGCCGACAGCAUGAAGGCCCUCCUGGCCCUGCUUCCGCUGCUGCUGCUGCUUCUCUCUACUCCCCCCUGCACCCCCCAGGCCUCCAUCCGGGGAGAUGCUCUGGAGAAGUCCUGCCUUCAGCAGCCCCUGGACUGUGACGACAUCUAUGCCCAGGGCUACCGGACAGACGGCGUGUACCUCAUCUACCCCUCGGGCCCCAGCGUGCCCGUGCCCGUCUUCUGUGACAUGACCACCGAGGGCGGGAAGUGGACGAUUUUCCAGAAACGGUUCAAUGGCUCUGUGAGUUUCUUCCGGGGUUGGAAUGACUACAAGCUGGGAUUUGGCCGUGCUGAUGGAGAGUACUGGCUGGGUAAGGCGGGGGCCAGGUGGGCUGGGGUCGCCUCAGAGCUAGGCCCUUGCCACCAGCUGCUCCUUUCCCCAGGGCUGCAGAACCUGCACCUCCUGACGCUGAAGCAGAAGUAUGAGCUACGAGUGGACUUGGAGGACUUUGAGAACAACACGGCGUAUGCCAAGUACGUCGACUUCUCCAUCUCUCCCAACGCCAUCAGUGCUGAGGAGGACGGCUACACCCUCUAUGUGUCAGGCUUCGAGGACGGCGGGGCAGGUGACUCCUUGUCCUAUCACAGCGGCCAGAAGUUUUCCACCUUCGACCGGGACCAGGACCUCUUUGUGCAGAACUGCGCAGCCCUUUCCUCAGGAGCCUUCUGGUUCCGCAGCUGCCACUUCGCAAACCUCAACGGCUUCUACCUGGGGGGCUCCCACCUCUCCUACGCCAACGGUAUCAACUGGGCCCAGUGGAAGGGCUUCUACUACUCCCUCAAGCGCACCGAGAUGAAAAUCCGCCGGGCCUGAGGGGCUGGCCCCAUCAGGCCCCAUCCCUCCCUUGACCUCCCUAGGUCUCCAUGAGUGUCCCCUUUGCUAGCCCUCCCCACCCAGCCCCUGCACCCCCGCCACACUGCUUCUGCUGCUCCCUGAGCACCAGCUUCUCUCAGGGGACCUUGGGGCUCUCAGCCAUGGCUGAUCCCCAUCUCACACCCAGGGCAUCCAUCUCAGCCAGGCCCUACUCCCCCCACCUGAGGCUAAGCUGCCAGCAGCUCCCCAGGCCUUUCCUGAACAGCACAGUGGUCCUGGCUUAGACUUGGCUGGGCUUCGCAAGGCUGCGUUGCCUCUGCCCUGUGCUGGCAGCUGAGAACCAGGAGAUAUCCUUCCAACUGCAGGCUUUUGUAUUCCACCCUGGCCAGCCUCUUAGCAGUGGUCUCAUCUGGGGCUACCCUAGCAUGCUAGACUGAGUGGAGCAGUCUGACCAACACUCAAAGCAGAUGCCAGGCCACUCACGGCCACACCCAGCACUCCCUCUGGUUAUUCCCAGGUACCUCCCAUCCUUGGCCUGCCUCCCUCCCUCCAACUUACUCCCCUGUGAGCACCAUGGACCCCAGUCCCAACUCACUAUCAUUCUCAGCUCAAUGCCACCACAGCAGUCACCACAGCUACUGCCCACCACCCUGAAACAGCCAAGGUAGGCAUGGACAUGAGGUCCCCACCCACCUCAGGAGAUGAGGUUCGGUCACAUGGGAGGUGGAGAACAAUUUCUGUGGGGGAGUGGAGAUUACAAUAAACCUUCAGGACGUGAGCGAA